AUGAUGCUCCCAAACUCUGCUCAGGAGGACGACACUUUUGUUUGGACUGUAGAGGGGCAGCCCUGCGGGGAAUUCUCGGCGAGUAAAACGUGGGAGGCGCUGAGACCAAAGGAGUCAGAGAAAGAAUGGGCUGAUCUUGUUUGGUUUAAGGGCUCAACGCCUAAACAAGCGUUUCACAUGUGGCUUGCAAACCUUGAUAGGCUCCCAACAAGAUCAAGGCUUGCUUCAUGGGGAAUGAAUAUCCCAAUAACUUGCUGUCUUUGUGGCGUUUCAGAGGAAACAAGGGAUCACUUAUUUUUGCAUUGCCAAUUCUCACAGGUCCUGUGGAAGGCUGUUUUGCAGAAACUCAAAUUACCCCAAACUCUGUUCACAGAUUGGAGAGCCCUCUUGGCUUGGUCCAAGGAUUUCAACCCUAGCUCACCUAAGACUCUGCGUAUUUUGGUGGUUCAUGCUGUGGUUUAUAACGUUUGGCGUCAAAGAAACAACAUUUACCACAAUCAAGUAUCCAUUCCACCGCUUACUAUCUUCAGAGAUAUUGACCGGCUGAUUAGGAACUCCAUCACGGCUAGGAGAAAUCUCAAGAGCUUCAGAAACCUUAUGGCACUUUGGCUCAGCUAG